GCUUUCGCCUCUCCUCCCUCCGGGGUCUCCCCUUUCGUCCGUGUCGGUGAACUAGUAGGUGUACGCGGUCUUACAGCUUGCCGUCAUCAUGGAUGCGCUGUUUGAGCCAAUUGCGGAGGCCACUGGCGGUUCCAUAGACCAGAUCAAGCUCAUUGCAUGUCUUCUGUUCUCAUAUCCUCUCGGCAGCGUCUACAUCCGUAUACCCUCAUCACAUCCUGAGCUCAAACACAUCUUCAGCAUUCUCGUUACCUUCUUCUACCUCAUCCCAGUACUUGGUCUAUGGGGAGGCGCGAUACAACUUUUGGUCAGCGUUCUUGCGACAUAUUACAUGGCGCAGAGGAUAGAGAGGCCGUCAAUGCCUUGGCUUGUCUUUAUUUUUACAAUGGGACACUUGACGAUAAACCACAUCAUACGAACGUACAUCGAGGCAGGCUACGAUACCAUGGAGAUCUCUGGACCUCAGAUGGUCUUGACCAUGAAGUUGACUACUUUUGCAUGGAAUAUUUGGGAUGGCAGGAGACCGUCCGAAGACUUGGACAAGUGGCAAACUGAGCAACGCGUCGUAGAGUACCCUUCGCUGCUAGAGUUCCUCGGAUACGCAUUCUACUUUCCUGGAUUCCUCGUCGGUCCAUACCUUACCUACAACGAAUACCAGGCGCUCGUCACCGGCUCUCUGUACAAGGCUGCGGAGCAGCGCGAGUGGUCAGCUGUGAACGAGACCAGCCAUCUCACCAAGCGUCUUGUUCCCCACGGGCGAAAGCGGGUCGCUUUCAAGAAGAUGUUCAUUGGGCUCAUCUUCUUGGCACUUUACGUCCUGUUCUACCCCGAGUUGAACUACGGCAUCACUAUCGAGGACGAGUUUGAGUCGAGGCGUUUGCUCUCUCGGAUUAUUUUGCUCCAGUUCUGUGGUUUCUUUGAGAGGACCAAGUACUACGCCGUCUGGACGCUGACGGAGGGCGCUUCGAUACAGACGGGCUUGGGUUUCACGGGCUACACAGAGUCUGGAAGCACAAAAUGGGAGGGCGCGGCGAACGUGAACGUCAUGAACAUCGAGUUUGCAGAGAACACCAAAGUCCUCCUCGACUCUUGGAACAUGAAGACUAACAUCUGGCUCCGCGAAUGCGUCUACAAGCGUGUCACUCCCAAGGGCAAGAAGCCCGGAUUCCGUAGCAGUCUGGCCACGUUCGCGACGAGCGCGUUCUGGCACGGCAUCGCCCCAGGCUACUACCUCUCCUUCUUCUUCUACGCCUUCGUCCAGACCACCGGCCGCCUCGCGCGGAGCUACCUCCGCCCACUCGUCCUCCCCGCCAACUACGUCGCCCAGCGCGGGGCGCCGCCGCCCCCCCAGACGCGCAAGAAGCAGCUGUACGACGUGCUCGGGGUGAUCACGACCGUGAUGCUCACCAACUACGGCACGCUGCCGUUCAUGCUGCUCAACAUCGACGACUCGUUCGUCGCGUGGAACAACGUCGUCUGGUACGGGCACUUCGUCGUCGCCGGCGCGCUCGUCUUCUUCUACAUGGGCGGGAGCACGCUCCUCACGCAGGUGCAGGCGGUCCGGGUGAAGCAGGCGGGGUACCAGAUGGAGCGGGACGAGAUCAACAGGAGCGUGAGGAGCCUGCCGGGCACCCCUGUGAAGGCGCUGACGUUGCCGCCGGUGGACGAGGCGGCGCGGGCGUUGGAGAAGGAGCUGGCGAAGGAGCUGGCGGGCGGCCAAGGGAAGUGAUGGGUCCGCGAGGGGGUUGCUUCAUCUUAUUGUACAGAGAGAGUACUGUAAACGCUUCCGUUUGGUUACGACGAUUGCAAUGCUAUCACGAC